UGUGCAGUUUGUGGAGAAACUCAUCUUAUAAGUGAGCUUCCGUCUCUUACAAAUCGUAAUCAUCUCCCACAAGUGUGUAGCGAUUGCUACCAUGGCUGGCUUGAGUCAGAAUUGAAUUUAAAAAGCCAGAAGGAAAUAAAAUGUCCUGAAAUGGGUUGCAAAGAGCUUCCGAAUCACGCGGAGAUGCAGCAAUAUGCCUCACCGGAAAGCUUUGCACGAUUCGAUGCCCUCUCAGUCCGUGAUGCGCUGACCGACGAUCCUAACUUCCGAUGGUGUCGCAAUCCUAAUUGCGACUCGGGCCAAAUAUUUGAACCCGACCACUCUAGUCAUAUAUUUUGGUGCAUAGCUUGUGGCUUUGAAUCCUGCAAUUUCCUUGGGGAAGGCGUACACGAAGGGGAGACUUGUAAAGAAUUUGAU